AUGUAUGCUUAUUACACUUACAAGAUCUCUCUUGCCACCUCGAUAGGUGCCAACAAGAUUGCUCUUGCCACCUCUGUAGGUGCCAACAAGAUUGCUCUUGCCACCUCUGUAGGUGCCAACAAGAUUGCUCUUGCCACCUCUGUAGGUGCCAACAAGAUUGCACUUGCCACCUCUGUAGGUGCCAACAAGAUUGCUCUUGCCACCUCUGUAGGUGCCAACAAGAUUGCUCUUGCCACCUCUGUAGGAGCCAACAAGAUUGCUCUUGCCACCUCUGUAGGUGCCAACAAGAUUGCACUUGCCACCUCUGUAGGUGCCAACAAGAUUGCACUUGCCACCUCUGUAGGUGCCAACAAGAUUGCACUUGCCACCUCUGUAGGUGCCAACAAGAUUGCACUUGCCACCUCUGUAGGAGCCAACAAGAUUGCUCUUGCCACCUCUGUAGGUGCCAACAAGAUUGCACUUGCCACCUCUGUAGGUGCCAACAAGAUUGCACUUGCCACCUCUGUAGGUGCCAACAAGAUUGCACUUGCCACGUCUGUAGGUGCCAACAAGAUUGCUCUUGCCACCUCUGUAGGUGCCAACAAGAUUGCUCUUGCCACCUCUGUAGGUGCCAACAAGAUUGCUCUUGCCACCUCUGUAGGUGCCAACAAGAUUGCACUUGCCACCUCUGUAGGUGCCAACAAGAUUGCUCUUGCCACCUCUGUAGGUGCCAACAAGAUUGCUCUUGCCACCUCUGUAGGAGCCAACAAGAUUGCUCUUGCCACCUCUGUAGGUGCCAACAAGAUUGCACUUGCCACCUCUGUAGGUGCCAACAAGAUUGCACUUGCCACCUCUGUAGGUGCCAACAAGAUUGCACUUGCCACCUCUGUAGGUGCCAACAAGAUUGCACUUGCCACCUCUGUAGGAGCCAACAAGAUUGCUCUUGCCACCUCUAUAGGUGCCAACAAGAUUGCACUUGCCACCUCUGUAGGAGCCAACAAGAUUGCUCUUGCCACCUCUGUAGGUGCCAACAAGAUUGCUCUUGCCACCUCUGUAGGUGCCAACAAGAUUGCUCUCGCCACCUCUGUAGGUGCCAGCGUCGUAACACAGGGUACUUCAAAUUAUUUAGGGAAUGAUUUGGAGUAG